UUAUUUUGAUCUUCUCAAAUUUAAAUCUUCAAUCUUUCCUUUGGGUGAAAGGAAAACUCACCCUUUAUAUAACUAAUAGUUUUGUCAGUGUUCCUGCCAGUGUUCUUGACAGUGUUUCUGCCAAUUGUGAAACUAAUGAUAGUAUGUAUUGGACUUGUAAGAGUUGUAAACCUGAUAAGGAUGAAUUCAGUAUUAUUGGUGUACAAGUGAUGAGAAAGAAAUUACAUUUAAGUAUUCUUAUUAGAGAUAUGAGUGAGGUACAUCGUUAUUACCAUCUCCAUGAAUCAGAAAUACCAAUUCAACAAUUGCCUCCUUCCAUUGUUACAAAAUUUAUAGAGACCUUGCUAAUAUUACGAAAUAUUUUAAUCGUCAAUAUGACCUUACUCCAUAAUGCAUCUUUACCCAAAUCAGGUAGACUUGUAGAAUAUAGCUCAACUAUUGAUUCUGACAAUUAG